UGCUUACAUGAAGUACUUACCGUUGCAUGAUUGUGCGAAGUCCUGGUAACUAAUGAUGAUUUCCCUCAUGCAGACGUGGACAUAAAUGGCUGACAAUUUCUACUUUGUAUUUGUAAAAUAACGUGAUUUUGUACCUUAAAAAGAACAUCUACGAUUGGAAACAUUAACGGAGUACCGUUUACAAAAUGGUAAGCGUUUGAUUAGAAUGAAAGCGCGAAAGAAAAUGGUAUAAUUUUCUUCGAACAAUCGAAUGGCUUUCGGUGAAAUACUGUAUCUUCGAUUGUUCGAUAAAUUCAGUUUGGGAAAUGUUAUACUUAUAACUUUGCAUCGUACUUAUAGGUUUUAGAUGUAAAUUUUAGUUGUAUUUUCUGUGCAUUAGGAUAUCUUGAAGUUAGAUUUUAUAAUACUAGAGCUUUCAAUUGAAGAAAAAAAAAUAGAAAAUUCAGAAUUUAUACUGAAAUGUAACAUAUUUAUGAUUAUGAUUAUAAAAGAAAUGUAUUACAUCAAAUUUUAAAUGUUAAAUCCAAAAAUGCAAAUUCUUUGUCUUAAGUUUGUUUAAAUUAUAUCAAGAACUUUCCCUCGUGUGUUAAGUAUUGUUUAAUCAGUUGAAGUAUGUGACCCUACAUAACAUUGCUUCAUUUGUAAAAAGGCUUUUGCCCUGGGAUAGUAUUAAAAUGCAUGAAUUAGGGUCUGUUCAUAUGAGCCCAGUUUGCCAGGAAGCUCAUUUGAGUGGGAUGAAUUAAUUCUGUUUUCAUUAAUGACUGUUUCUAUCCCGUCUAACAUCAGAACAUCCCACCUUGGUUGGGACGAAAUGAUAUGCGAACAUGGCUUCUUUUAAAUUUAUGUUCUUUUAAUUUUAGUGUUAGAUCUGCUCCCGAUUAAUCAAUCUAUCGAUUAAUCAAUUAUUUUAAAUUCCACAAUCGAUCAUGCUUAAUGGGUCAUUCCAGAAAACAUCCAUACCACCCCCACGGAGGAAAUUGGAAUUUAAGUAGGGGGGUCCCCCUUCGGAUGUCCUAAUACAUUUACUAUUAUCAGAAACAAUUUUGUCUCCCCUCCCCCUCCGAAUGGCAGAAAUUUCCUCCGUGGGGGGGAGUGUGGAUCUUUUCUGGAACGACCCAAUUUAACAGUAAUCAGAUCAUCUAUAACACCACACAGCAUGAUGCGGGAAUGUGUUACAGUAAUAGGGAUGAGCCGAUUAAUCUGCCAAGCCGAUUAAUCGGCCGAUAAUCGGCCAAUUUUUAAUAAUCGGUAAUCGGCCGAUUAUUUCUGUAUAAUCGGCCAUUUGCCGAUUAUUGACCAGUUUCUUUAUUUUCUACUAGAAAUAAAUGAAAAUCUGUGUAUUCAUUGUGUUUUUUUGCAUAUGUUUGACAAUUUUUCAUGUUAUAGAGUGGCAUGCAGCUGAUACACAAAUACGUACAAAUAAGAUCUUGCAUUUAUCUCGCCUCUUCAUCGCAAAUGCAAUUAUUAAGUACGAAAAUUAACACUUGUACAUGUAACCCCCAUGACCGGAAAACAUUGUGUGCGCACGGAAGACCAUUACAUGAGAUAAAAGAGAAUGUCAUGAAAACUUUUCAAUUUGUAUCCAGCUGUAGAAGGGAGGAAAAAUGCUUUGCUACAUUAGCUUCUCAAGUUUCAUUUUAAUGCUUAAAAGCAUUUGAGGUUCAUCAGGGCAACUAACGCCUACUAGCUGGUAAAUGUGUUAAUGGAAAUAAUCGGCUUUGGCCGAUUCGAUCACUGAAAUUGCCGAUUAGCCGAUUCGAUUAAUCGGUGGCCGAUAAUACCAAAUAAUCGGCCGAUUAAUCGGCCAAUCGGCCGAUUAUUUGGUAUUAUCGGCCACCGAUUAAUCGAAUCGGCUAAUCGGCAAUUUCAGUGAUCGGCUCAUCCCUAUACAGUAAUUUCUUUUGGACUGAUUAAAAAAAUUGCGACAAGAUUGUGAUUGAAGCAUUGAUUCAAAGCAUUGUGUGCAAUAUCAAUUUCACUCGCAGCGUGCAAAGUUUACCAUAGUCUGAUCGGGUAUUUUACCAAUGCUGUGAGAGUAUCUUUAAAGUUUGUUUUAUUAGAAGAAUUAGUAUUACCAUUUGCGUCCAACAUUGCGGCGUAUGGACAUAAACCAAUUAUUCAUAACAGUCUGAGUCUCGCAAAUUUACUUAGGAGUGUCAAAGGUAAACAACUAAAGUAAACAUCCUUAAUAUAGUCUCUGUCUUUUCAUGCAUGUCUCUUGUGUGAAGUGUAAGAGCGCGAGAAUGUGCGCUAUCUAUAAUUGUGAUACUGACUGCAAAGUUUAAUUACAAUUUACAAACCUGUCAAACCACCAUGGGCUUGUCAUAUUUAAAUUAAUUGUCAAUACGAUUAAUUGAUAUUAAUAGUAUAAUUACAUAGAAAUUUUCUGCUGCAUCCAGAGUUUUUUGGCUGGAGGUGAAAAACCCCGGAGUUUGCACAACACUACUCAAAUUAAAUUAUGAAUGAUUUUACUAAAUGACCCUCAUUGAGGGGUGGUCAUUUUACUAAAUGACCCUCAUCGAGCGGCGCCGAAGGCCAAGGGAAUUUUACUAAAUGACCCUCAUCGGGCGGGACGUUUUAAUAGCUAAUUCGCCUCUUUUUAUGCUAUAACUUAUAAAAAUACUCUGUUGGUAUGCAGGAAAUUUUUGUCUCCAGGUUGUGCUCCCAGGAAGAAAAUUCUUUUUUCCUACCCUAGCAUACAAACAGGCCCUUAAAGUUUUCCAGGGUAAAUAAAAUGACAUUAAUCAAAGAGCAUAGGAGGAGUUCAAUACUGCAGACAUUCCAACUCUCCCGAUUUUACCGGGAGUCUCUCGAAAAUUCAUGCAAUCUCCGGGUCUCCCGAUUUUUAUGAAAUUCUCCCGGUUUUUCAGAAUAUUCAGGAAAUAUCGUAAAAAAUCAUAAACAUCCUGUUUUUAGCAACAUAAUAGUCUGUCUUGACCUUUUAUGAAGUUACUUUAUGGCAAUUUAUAGGAUCACUUAUAAUAACAUACUCCCAAAAUGCAGGAAAUGCCAUUUCAGAAGACUUAAUUUGUAUUAUUUUUUCCCAGAAGAACUAGAUUUCAAUUCAUUAACAGUCUCCCUAAAUUUUACCCUCAGUAGUUGGAAUGUCUGAUACUGUGCUUACUUGAGGUUGGGUUACUUGGCAUCAAUUUUUUUGCAAUUCUUGCAUAUUGUUUUAUGUAUAAAUUGUGUAUUUAUUUAUGUAUCAAUGCAGGUACAUUGCUCGAUGAUCGAGAAAGCAGUACCGUAAUUUAUCAUAUUUUCAUCUAUCUAGUCAGCAUUUAACAGAUAUUAAUGCUUCUGUUUUCAAGCAAUAAUUAAUAUUAAUUAAUUAAAAUAAUUUAAUAAUUUAACAUUAAAAUAAUUAAUAUUAAUAAUCAAUAUUAAUUUAAUAAUCAAGCAUAAUUAAUAUUAAAAUAGUCUAAUAAUUUAACAUUAAAAUAAAUGCUUCUGUUUUCAAGCAAUCUUUCUUACUGUGUCUGCAAUAAUUAAUCAUGUUAUUUUGUUUUUAGGUUCUGCUUGCAGCUGCGAUCUGCACUAAAGCUGGAAAGGGUAUGAAGACAACAUUCCAUAUUGAUUAUGAACCUUCACCCAUUAAGUUGCAUUGUACAGAUAGUAUGCCCUACUUUAUUAUUUUACUCUGUCUAAUGCCAGAUGGAUUAACCCAAUGAGCACCAGUGCUCUCCCCUUGACGAGUAAAGUCACCCUGCCACUAGAAAGUAAAAUUACUAAAAUAAUAAAGUGGGGGGAGGCAAUGCAACUUAAUGGUUAAUAAUGUGGAAGAGUGUUCCCUUAAUGAGUAAAAUAGUUUCGACUUGUGUAAGAUGAUAGCAGCUAGCAGGAUCCGGUGUUAGCUACAGUUGUGAAUUCAGCAUUGUACAUAUGCUGUUUUCACAAUUACGUUUAGCCAGCAAUUUCACAAUUUAGAUCAGCCAAAAACAUAACCUAUUUUAUAUGUACAUAUAAAAGAGUGUUCAACUUCAAAACUUUCCUCAAGAAAAAUUGGGUACCAGAUAAGUGUUACGAGGAUGUCAUGUAACCUAAGAUACACUUUACAGUAUAUAUCUGUCUGUUUUUAGUACACAAAACAAUGUCAGGUGUCUUGUACUUCAGAAGUUUCAAUUUACAGUAGCUACACUAGACCACGAGAACGUCACUUAAGAAGCACAAUAUUCUUUAACUCCGGUCUGAAUGUCACAGGCUAACUGAAAUUCCCAAUUUUAUUAAAUUGCCGAUUUUUUUAAUCUUCUGCCAAACACCUGGAAAAAUGUCCCCUGCCACAGCCCUAAGUUGAAUGCUUUGUACUGUUUGUGAUACGUUUGGUAUGUUCCAAAAAUAUCAACUUGUCAAUAUGGGCAACCUGAGAUUUUGGCACUUCAGUUUAGUGUUGUAAAGGUCAAAUUGCUGAUAUUGUAACCCAAGCAAUAAAACAGACCCCCCCCCUCAGUAGUGGCCAGCACCCCCCUGAAGAAAACUCUGGUAUUCCGUAUUUGAGUUGUGAAUACUACUUAUUACAGUAUAUUGAAACAAUUGAUUUUCAAAUACACAAGAAAAUAUUCAACCACCAAUACAGCAGGUCGCCGUAUAACGUAGCACUUUUCUCAAUUUUCGCCCAAAAUACUGUGAAGACAAAUUUAACAAAUAAAUGUACCGGUAAUGUUCAGAAUGCAGGAAAUGGCAUUUCAGGGCUUCCAAUUUCAAACAUUUGGCGGGGGGAUGCCCCUGAACACCCGUAGUAAUGCACCCUGCCUGGAAAACCUCCAUCCCCUCUUAAAAAUCAGGCCAGAUCUGACCCUGCCCGCUUCAGCUUGUCUGGAACUCAUGAAUGUUAACACUUUGUUUUGUUGUGUUUAGCAAUCAUUUCAAGACAAUUUGUUGAAAUGAGCCGUUCCAGAGUAGAAGGCUUGCUUGGUGCAUUUCCAAAACUAAUGAACACAGGAAAACAGCAUACAUUUGUUGAAACAGAAAGUGUGCGUUAUGUUUAUCAACCAUUGGACAAACUUUACAUGUUGUUGAUCACAACUAAAGCUAGUAAUAUCUUAGAAGAUUUAGAAACAUUACGACUGUUUUCCAGAGUGGUAAGUGCCCAAAACCUUAGUACAGGUCACAUGUGUAUUGCAGAGAAAUGUCCAAUGUCCAAUGCUAUUCCUAUUGUCAUGGUUCAGUCAGAAACAGUGUCUUGUCCAGUUGUCAUGAGUGCUACAGUAUAUCUCCGUGAUCCUGCCAUUCUCUUUGUAUUGUAGAAACAAUUGUGUUUGUUGUCAAUUUUUAACAUCAGAUUAUCAGUAUGUACGUCAAUGAAGACAAUUGUAUUGCUGACAUGUUGAUUUCGUAAUUGAGGUUUUGUUGGCUUGCUUGUUGUUUUCCCAUUACCAUUAGCAACUGCAUGUGCUCCCAGACCUUUGCUGCAGUGUGACAAUUGAAUUGUAUCCUUUUGUAACGUUUUUGGCCAGGGGUGGAGUGAUUGGAUUUGAAGAAUUUAAUCCUCGAGAUUUAUUUGAUCUUCGAGAAUUUGGAUUUGGAUUUAUUCAAAACUGACCUGAUAAUAUCAACUUUUAGAUCCCAGAGUAUUGUCGUUCUGUGGAAGAAUCUGAAGUGGUGGAAAAAUCGUUUGAAUUAAUAUUUGCGUUUGAUGAAAUCGUAGCACUUGGAUACAGAGAAAAUGUCAAUCUUGCACAGAUCCGCACCUUUACAGAAAUGGACAGUCACGAAGAGAAAGUCUUCCAAGCUGUUAUUGAGGUAAAUGUUGCAAGUGUAAAUAUAUUCUGUAGAACAAUAGAAGCUUCCGAUUUAAGUGACAUCUUAAGUGCAAGCUUCUAGUUGAUGACGUUGAUCUACGACCAAUAUUAACAUGCGAUCACUCGGUGAACGAACAGCAAGAGGAUAUAGGGUAGUAGCACAUGACCUAAGCACGACAGUUCUUUGGAGGGUAUAGCUCUGUUGGAGAGGAUCCACGCUACGUUUAGCAAGGCUGCAACCACGAACUGAAGUCAAUUUGGCUGUCAAGUAGGUACUCAAGCUACCGACCAACGACUAUCCCGGCUUGGCAAAUCCCAAUAAUGCAGAGAAUUCACCUCUCCAAAGACAGAACUAUUGUCACACAAAGUGGAAACCGGAAUACAAAGACGAACAAAAAAACACACAAAUACUUACCCUUGGAAGUGACGGAACAUACAACACCAAACAAUAAAUAAUACUCCCUGACAAAGCAAAGAUAACAAUACCACAGCUGAAAAGAAUGAAAAGCUCUGCAACGCAGUACGUGACUACAAAAAAGCAGAUUAGUGUUAAAACCAAUUUGAGUAACAGGGGGAAUAAUCAUGCGGAAUAGCUGGAGGUAUGCCCGCGAGCGGGUGCGACAAGUAAGCACAACGAAAAAAUAUCCAACAGGACAACAAUUGGCGUAAUCGACGCGCACCCCCCAAAACACGAGAUGUAACAACGUAAAACGCAAUUAUUACGUAGACUACGAGAACAAAGAACAAAUUACUGAACACAAUAAGCCACCCAGGGAUGCGCCUUGAUUGUCGGCCAAAACAAUACAUUACAGUACUCCAAUUAACGAUACAGGCUCCUCUGGUCAGCAGCGACCAGGAAACGCUGAUACUACCCACACCGUUGGUUUGCAAUAAGUUGAAUAACUGAAAGCAUAGAAUGUAAAGCAACCCAUAGAAGUCAAAAUAAGCGGGCAGACACUCUCAGCAAGCGCGUUAGCACCAGCAGCACCCCCCAAGAAAACCAGUGUGGACAAGCAAUGUCCUCCCAAAAAAGGGGCUGGGUGGGUGGGUGGGUGGGGACGUUGUGAACUUGAAGGUCUGCAAGCAAUGAGCUAUACCUGUGAUCUCCACGGCUUAAAUAAUCUCGGUAAACCUGAAUAAUAACUAAUAUGAAUAUAUAAUUGAUAUAUACAUAAACAACACGCACCCAUUCGUUCUCGAAGUUAAUUAUUUUUAUUGCAUAAAUCAUUUAACAUGCGAUCACUCAGUGAACGAACAGCAAGAGCAUAUAGGGUAGUAGCACAUGACCUAAGCACGACAGUUCUUUGGAGGGGGUAGCUCUGUUGGAGAGGAUGCACGCUACGUUUAGCAAGGCUGCAAUCACAAACUGAAGUCAAUUUGACUGUCAAGUAGGUACUCAAGCUACCGACCAACGACUAUCCCGGCUUGGCAAAUCCCAAUGAUGCCGAGAAUUCACCUCUCCAACGCCAUCCUCCAGAAGGGAUUCGAGGCACGAACCCCCUCCAAAGGCGUUCCCAACCCCCAAGCGUAACCCAGACUAACCGUCCUGGAUCCCACAAAACAAUUGAAUUUGCUAGUCGGAAACCCGAUUAGCCCCCCCCCCCCCGCCGAAAUUCGGUGAGGACGAGUGGAGUAACAGCCGCCACAGGGGUAUUAACCCCUACAGGUACACGAGCUAAAGAAGUCACGGGCAAUAAGCUGCAAAACAGUAGUAUAAUAAUACAAACAAAAUUAACGUAAAUACAAACAGUACCGCUAAGUCACAUAAGUAGCACGCCAAGUACGAUAGUACCAUGUCAAUAAAGAAGCACAUAGCAACACAGCAAAUAAUAGACGGUAAUAGCAACAGACCAAAUUAAAGUUUGAAAUAAGAAAACUAAACUAUAUGUUCCCCCCAAACUGAGCCUGUAUGCGCGAAAAGAGGAGCUGGCAUUUUACAAGUCAACUGCUCGUCAGCAACAGUAGGAGACCAUCACAAGGGUAUAUAUAUAGAGAGAGAACACCUGAACCCACUGAGUGAUGUCAUGAUGGGGUCGCGAAGGAUCCGAUGGUGGGACACGACCACCCGGCCAUCAAUGGAAAGGACCGGACCGAUUUAACUAAGAGGGUUUAACUAACAAUGUUAUAUCUGGAUCGUGACUAAAACACCGCAUGAGAAAUGUACAAAUUGACCCGAAGUAAUGGCCACGACCAACUUGUGUGGUAUAGGCAAAAAACCCAGGGCCCACAACGAAAGCAUCGGACAAAAGAGGAACCUGCCCCAACAUACCUGACUCCUCCCACAAACCUGCACGUUGCAUCCCCAUAAGCUGAUUGUUAGCGGCAGCUGGCGUUGGUAAUGGCAACUCGGAGCUCUGCGUGAGGCCUAAAGCCUGCUAAUGAACGGGAUUCGGGAGCGCCUGCGGAAGGAUGAGAUUUACUAGCCCCUGCUCAGUGGUAGAAGGGAGUCAAGUGCGCACCUGCUGGUGGAUGGAGUUUAGCGGCGCCUGCUGUGGGAUGGUGUUUUAUUAUGUAAACGUGUAGCAUGCAGGAGCAGUUACAACUAUUGGCUCUCUAGCAGGAAUCGAACCUGCGACCCUGCGAUUCCGGUGCAGCACUCUGACCAACUGAGCUACAGAGAGACAGUUGUCGAGCUCUAACCACAAGUUCAUGAAUAUAUACUAAGGUGAUGCCAAUGUAUGGUGUAUGGGUAAAGAUCAGGAUUUUGGGCAUCUCACAUUCUCACUCGAUAGAACUAAUACACUGUAGUAGAUGGAAAUUUUCGAUAACAUUUAUUACACCUAACCAGGAGAAGUCGUAAUCGCAGGUUCAAUAGACCUUAUGCAUAAUGACGUCACAAGGCUUGAUGCUUGCAAGGGAUGCUGGAUUAAACAAUUCAAAAUGGCCACUAUCGAAAUUUUCCCUGGCGAUAACUACUAAGACCAGCAUUCCUCGCAAGCAUCAAGCCUUGUGACGUCAUUAUGCAGAAGGUCUAUUCCUGUCAGAGGGCCUGCACUGCAGGGUUCGAAAUAACGUUCUGAAAAGAUGUAAAAUUUUGUAGGCUGUUUUUUGUAGGUGGAAAAUUUUUGCCGGCUAUUUUCCAAGCGAAGUUUAGUUAUGUUCUGGAGAGCGCAUACGCCAAAUAAUAGUGAUGUAAACCAAUUAACACAACAUUUGUAAGAACGCAGCAAUACAUUUUAUUUGGUGUAGGAACAAUAACAAGUUCUGUCUAUAUGUACGUGUUAUUGUAAGCGAGUCAUCGGUGAAUAAAUAUUCUCGCCGAUCCCCUAUACUUUGAAAUAAAAAAUCGCCGGCAAACUCCUAAAAUCGCCGGCAGCCGGUGGCUAUUUCGAACCCUGUGCAGUAUAGUUGUAUUUUUCGCAACUGCUCCUGCUUAGGUGUAAUAAAUGUAUUUAACAAAUAGAUAAGGUUUUGCUGUUGUCUGGUCAGUUACAGAUACACAGUAUGACGUCAUAAUGUGGGAAGAACAGAAAAGUGACUCACUCGCCUCGUCGCCACUUUUUUGUUCUUCCCACAUUAUGACGUCAUACUCUGUAUCUAUAACUGAACAGACAACGGCAAAAUCUUACCUAUUUGUUUUAUAUAAUAAAAAGAAAACCUCCGAAUUAAACAGGUAAAUAGCUUACUUUUUAAUUUUUUUCCAAACAUUUGGAAAUUCGAAAAAAGUUGAAAUUUUACAAAUAUCACGGGUACACGAUCUAUACCAAUAAGGGAAUGCUAUUGGAUAAGGUUUUGCGUGACGUAAUUCGUGCGUCUGUCCUCUAAUAGACCAUGGCUCUCGACCAAUGAAAGCGCUUGAAUUCUUAACGUCCAUCUACUAAACCCUUCAACAAGUUCGUUCUACCGAGUGCCCAAAAUCCUGAAUCAAUAUCUUUUGACCAUAAUGGUCCUUGCAACUUGCAAUGCAAUUCUACUCUUGAGAGAUGUAAAAUUGCCAAAUACGAGUCUUCAUUACACUCCGCUGAUGUUUUCUCAACAUAUCGAAAAUUCUUCACUGAUAUCACUAAUUAACAUCUCUCAAGAGUAGAAUUGCGUUGCAAGAAAAGUGUAACAUGGCCUUAAAUGCCUUUACCUAAUUACUGCCCUCCAUUUCCCGUUUAGACUCAACAACGCGAAGCUAAGGAGGUAAUGAAGAGAAAGGCGAAGGAACUUCAAGCAGCUCGUUUAGCAGCAGCUAAAGGCAAACCAACCGCACGUUCAGCCAUGACAGGUUUUGGGGGAAAUGGAAAGUCGAACGACGCAGUUCUCUCUGUGGAGAUCACGCCUGCUGAAUCUGUCGCACCAAAACCAUCUAAACCAAUCAGGUUUGUGUUGCAACUGUCGCAUACGUAAAUGCAAAGUUCAGCCUUCUAAAUGACGGUUUUUAAUGUGAAUUUGUUCAGUUAUUAUUGCCGUUGGCAGCGAAAUUGGCAGGACUAUUUGUGAAAUAUAUUAUGUAAUAUGUUGUAUUGCAAUGCAUAAUAACUAUUGUACUAAACAGUAAACACCGCUAAAAAAGAAAGUUCCCCGAUAAAUAUAUCAGCAUGAAGUUCUAAACAAACGAGUCCCUGGUCAUCACACCUAGCACUAAUUAGACCAAUGGUAGUUUGCUUAAUGUAAAUAGUGGGAUCACUCGUGCUUGAAAGGAAUGACUGUUACUCCAUUGAAUACAAAAAUACACAAUUGUUAAAUUAACAAUUAGAAAGACUUUACUGAACUUGCACACAACAGUAAUGUUUAAUGAAUUAUUCAAUAAUGGGUGUAACCACCACGCUUCUCGAUCACCUCCAGGCAUCCUCAUGGUGUUGACGAGUCUGCUCACCAGCCGCUGAGGUAUAGCCAUCCAUUCCUCCUGCAACAAUUGAGCCAGUGUGCUGUAUCAUGUGAUUCGACGAUAGGCAGAGCACUUAGGGGGCAACUUUCGUUUUGUGCGGUGUUUUUUUCAUGGUAGUAAAAUACGUGCAGAUUCGAAAAAAUAAAGUAGUCAACCUUUGGCUUGAAUUUGUGCUCACUACAGUAUAUCAAAGGAAGCGUUCACAUUCAGUUAAGAUCUAGAUUUAUUGCAAAAUUUACGAAAUUCCUCUCCCGUAGUAUUCACAAACUGAAUGAGAAAGUACUGAUUUUUUUCAAAAUUACAUGGUGUGCGCAUGCUCGCAUCACAUUAAAAACUAUCAUUCAAAAGACUGUAUUGUGCGUUUAACAAAAAAAUACGAAACUGUUGAACUGACAUGCUAGCAUACGUAUAGUAUUUUCUUUCAUAUAUCAACUUAAACUGGUUUUUACUCAAUUUCAGACCCGCGGGCAGCAACAAAGCAAUGAAAUUAGGAAGUAAAGGAAAAGAUGUUGAUCACUUUGUUGAUAAAUUACGUUCAGAAGGCACAGGUACCGUACAAUACGGAAAUAACUUCGAUAUUUGUAAAAGGUCACGCUUUUUUUCCUUUGUUGGAUUGCGGAUUCUGCUUUAUAUUUCGUAUGCUCCGGUCGAGUAUAUGAGAAAUAACUUCACCUCGAUGUGGCACAACAUGGAUAAAACAUUUUCUUGCGUCUUAUUGGACAAGAGCAUAUCGUUCAGUUGUGGAAUCCCAAUCAAUAAGUGUUAAUUGUUCUUCAGUAGCACGUUGACCAGCAACUAAGCUUUUAAAAUGUUUCAUAAAUCAGACCAAGUAACUUCGGAUGUUUUAACAUCUUUGAAAUGUUCAAAAAGAUAACAUCGGAUAACAUCAGAAUGAAAAAUGUAACGUCGAAGAACUCGAGGACCAAUUAAUUGGUUCACUCUACAGAGAAAUACUGUAGGGACUUAAAUCAAGUGUAUACUAUACGUUUACCUGUAUUACUGCUUUGAUUUUUUUCCUAAAGCAGGUCUAGUCGUAUGUUUUGAAAGUCUAGCUUCUCGUAUAGGCGAGUUUCACUGUAUCUGAAUUGGGACGUGCAGUAAUUGUAUAUUGUUUCUGUUUAUGUAGACAUAGUGACGUCAUCUGGAAAGCGUACGACUGCUGUGAAACCCUCACAAACUGCUGUACCUACUUCAGGGUAAGUAAGGCAGAUGUGGUUACCAUGCGGUUACCCUUAUCGCUGAGUUAAACUUGCUACUGUAGGUCGAGCCACGAACUUGUUACGCUUGAAAACUCUGGAAAACUCUUUCACACAUAUACUGUACUUUAUGGGAGAAUCUUAAGAAACCAGUAUAUCAUUAUUAUCGUACUUAUCUGUCAUUUGAGAUCGUGAAGUGUUGUUAAAAACAGUGUUGUUCAGGGUUGUUCAGAUCUGGGCAAUGUUGAAAUAUGUUCAAAAAUUUUCCAUUGCUUCUACGCACUUUUGAGGAACAUUUGAAAAAGGCAAGUUCAGGAUCCGACGAACAUUAAACACUUCCAGUCUGAACUCCCGUAAGUAGAGUUGUGGUGAGUCCUCUCCUGUGCUUCGAGGGUUUUCUCCAAUUUCUCCGGUUUAACGUGUAUGCUUUGUAACGAACUUGCCAAACUGAAUUACCAUUUUAUGGGGUUUUGUCUUCAAUUGUACGUAAUUGGAGGAUAAACUCAUUUGAGCGGAAGAGGGAGGCACCAUAUUCAUUUGGAAACUUUUAAUGAAUCCAUCAACCUUUAGUAAUGAGGGUAACGGCACGACAGUAAAUCUGAUAAACCUGCGGCCAUCGUAACUAGAAAACUUACAAGUGAACGAAGACUAGACUAAAAUAGUAAGAAAUUUAGAAAAUAUAUUUCGCAAUUUGCAAUACUGCUUGCUUUAAAGUUUAAACCCGCCAUAUUUGGUUUAUUAGCUCACACGUGCUAAAUACUAUAUACAGUAUCAUAUUUAAUUACGGUCGAUGUAGUGUUGUAUUUUGCUUGAUGUAGAGUACAUUUGAAAAUUGAUGAAAAGAUCGUGCUAACUGCUGGCAGAGAUGGUGGUCUGCAAAAUAUGGAAGUUCGUGGCUUGAUGCUCCUCAGGAUAUCCGAAGCUGAAUAUGGUCGAAUUACUAUCGCUGUUGAUAAUGAUGAUAAGUUAGGAUUUCAAAUGCAGGUUGGUCGACGUGGUUUGGUUGCAACCCAUCCACUGAUAUGUUAGCAUUGAGGCGUACCAUCCCACACUAAACGAAAGGAAACGAAACUAAAAAACGAACUUAUAUUCGUUUCUCCGUUAGUCCAUUCUCGCCAUUAGAGAGAUCCCUUAGUGGUCUAUAGUGCUAUUAUAAGAGUAAGCCAGGCUACCCAAGGAAAACCAGUUUGAGGCAAGGUGAAAGCAAUGUCUUCCAAUAUGCGCCUUAGGCAAGAUUAUAAAGACGAAACCGCAAAUUACAAAACUCCAACUCCUGCAGGGUUAACGAAAAACUUCAAAAUAAACAUUCCAACGGCUUGUUUAUAAACUUGGGAAUACUUUCCAAGAAAAAUCUUGUCAGGAUCAAUACAAGUCUUAUUUUCUGAAGUUUUGAAAUCAAAAAACGUGUAGAAAACACACAAACUCCAACAGCUGGUUAAACAAGACGCGUGCUUAUAGGCGUUGACUCGGGGUAAUGGAACACUGCAAUCAAACGUUUGCGCAUGUGUACAUAAUUUGUGAAAGGACAAUCAAUAACAAAAUUAAGCACCUAGCGGCUAGCUGGCACUAAUGAGGAAAAUUACACACACAGUUGAUAAUUUUCUAACAAUUUAUUACGCUUUGCAAGAUCUAUUCGGCUUUAUCAGCUUUUUAAUGGUAAUUCAAUACUCUCUCAAAGGUCUGUGAAGUCGCUUUUUACACACAAACAUCAACCGUCCAACGCUAAUUUGUAAAUUCCUCUAUACGUGUUGUCGCCGAUAAAUUAAAUGCAAACCCAGAAAAUUAUGUAUACCUUAGGGAAUGGGCUAUACAUUGUCAUGUAAACACGGCUAAAAAUAUUAAAAUUAGGUAUACCCAUCUCGCCGUUCGCGCUUGGAUUGUACUUGGAUUGACUAUGACAACCCUAAUUGAAAUAUCUGUAUAAAAAAUAAACAAUAGUGCAAGUGCUACCUAUCUUUAACAGAAUAUAUGACUGCUUUACAUAUAUUUAUGGCAAUCAAAUCUUUAUUAAAAUUUGCACACUCGGUGUUUGUACUUUGUACAUCUUCGACGCCAUAUUUGCAAAGAGCGAAGACGAACAAUUGUGCGAAGAUUGGCUGCAGAUUAGACUCGGCGUACCCCGAGUAAUAACCCAGGGUAAACGCUGAUCGUUCUUUGAACAACCGGUCCCACUGAAAUUUCGCGUUCUUCAGGACGUCAGAUGUAAACCCUGAUGGAAAUAUUGGGUAUGCUUACCCGGCCGGGUAAGCAUACCCAAUAUUUCCAUCAGGGUUUACAUUUGACGUCCUGAAGAACGUGAAAUUUCAGUUCGGCAUCUCUUGUUGUUGUGGCCCGUUAGAUAUGUACGAAAGAGCCGGUCUCUUCGUUAUACCAGGCCUUAAAAUAUCUUUUCCAGGGCCGUCUGACAAAAUGUCCGGUGACGUUGAGUUUGGGUCGGACAUAUGUCCGAUGACCUUCAAUUCAGUUUUGACUUGGAAAUAAGUCUGAAUGACACAAAUGAAUAAACGGUAAAUGUUGUAAAGAUAUUAAAUAAUUUGUUUCUUUCAUACUUAUUUCCAAGCCAAAAUUAACUUGCUUGCCAGAACAGCAGUAUUAAAAAAAACUUCGACAAGCCCGUUUUCCACUUCACCAUUUCGCUCGCCGCCCCGCGCUCGACUACGUUAAAACAUUUCCAGUUCACCUUUUAUACAAUAGUACUCUGAUUUUCUAUUUAACAUACAAGCCUCUAGUCCUGGUCUAGGGUACAUUUUGAUUUACGUCGGACAAAGCUACAGUUCGGUCAGACACCAAUACACUCGGGUCGGACAAACAAUAAACCUCAGUUUCACUUUGGUCGGACAGAAUGUCCGGUGGUUUCCUCUCUACGUCGGACAAUUUCACGAAUGGGUCGGACAAUGUCCGUGACCGACCGAUAUUUUAAGGCCUGUAAGUUAUACAAGUCUCACUUUCGCCCCAUGACUUGCUGGUAUAUAUAGUUUAUAUUGAUGGAUUUCUGUGAUUAAUGCCCGUAAUCGCAGGGCCACAGGUUCGAUUCCUACCGAAUGGACUCACAUAAAUAUGUAAUAAUAACUGUUCAAUAAUAUUUUGAUGUUUUUGCCUUAGACGCAUCCAAAUGUAGACAAGAAAUUAUUCAAUCAGGACUCUGUUCUUGGCCUCAAGCAAUCUGGUAAACCAUUCCCUCUUAACGCAGACAUUGGUGUAUUAAAAUGGCGUCUGCAAACUAAGGAUGAAUCGUUGAUGCCGUUGACAAGUAAGUACUCGCAUCCAUCAUACAUUAAGAUGCCAAAUCUGAGCUACUAGAGGUUUUGCGUGGCAUGGGGACAUGGCCAGAUUUUAAGGAUAGCUGUUUCUGAGAUUCUUUGCACCACCCCUGAAAAGUUAUGCACCUCCCCUUUGUGAAGGGUUAAAUGAUAAGUGAAAAUUUGAGGAAUUUUUUAUGUGUUGCUUGGGGUCUGUACUUUGUAGGAAAGUAUUUCUGCAAAAUUGAAACAGUGAUUAUUAACGUGAUGAAGGGCAAAAUUGGAUGAGUCGUACAGUCAUAAUUCAUAAAUACACUGAUAGAUACUGUAUGUACAGCACACGCAUCCGUCACAUAGUUGACUUUAGAGGGGUAUGUUCUAGGCCCUAACAUUCCAUGGGGGCCGUUAGCUAGACUACUGGUUAGCGACAUGGGGGAGGUUGCCCCCUUCCUGGUCCUCCUCCUCUAGGUGGCUUUGUUCAAAGCUUUGUGUGCAUAUGUGUCGAGUAAGCCAUAACGGGUUCACCAUGUGUUCUUCUGUAAUGUUUAUUUAGUCAACUGCUGGCCCUCGGAGAAUGAUGGACAAUGUGAUGUGAAUAUCGAGUAUGAAUUACAACAGGAAGAAAUGGAGUUAAAAGAUGUCACCAUAACAAUUCCUGUACCGUAAGUAUAUUCCGUCACACGCUUGACUAUAUGUAGUCAUUUGACAAUCACAUUUCUCUUCAAUAACUCCCUUCAAAUUUUGCAUGGCGAUAUUUCAGUAUUUUUGCACAAGUGAAUAUAACAAAUCCUACAAGUUGAUUGGUCAAAUUUGACGUAUUAUGCUGUUAUAUUAACCUACAGGUGAAUAUAACAAAACCGAAAUUUGCGAAAUGGCGGCCAGCCGUUUUGUGGAAGUUACUGAUAAAGAAAUAAGCGAAAUUAAAAUAAAUUCAGUCCCAAAAAAAACACAAAAAAAAACAACACAAAAGACUUGUGUAAAAAUACUAAAACAAUUAUUCGCCUCAGGCUCGGUGAUUAUCGGGGAAUAUUCACCUCGACUUCGUGUCGGUGAAUAUUCCUCGAUAAUCACCGAGCCUUCGGCGAAUAAUUGUUAAUUAGCAUAUACUCGGGAGGUGGAUAGCACUUUUCGCGCAAUUUGAUUGGUUCAGCUCCGGAUAUCUUUGCACUAUUCACCUCCAGACAAAAACAAAAUGGCUUUCCGUUUCGUUCCGGUUUAUACAGACGAGAUAAACGCCUCCUACUCUAAAUUUUAUUGGGAACCAUGCACAUAUAGAAAGUAUCCUGGGUACGAGAUUGACGUGGAUCUUAUGGGUGUUUUUUCUGUACCUUACACAUAUCAUGAUACAUAUAGGCACGGUGUGGGUGCUCCAGUCGUGGGUGAAAUCGAAGGUGACUAUCAUUAUGACCACAAACAUUCAGUACUAGAAUGGCAACUUCCAGUCAUAGAUGAAUCAAAUCAAUCAGGAGCGAUGGAGUUUUCAAUAUCAGGACAUCCUGACGAUUUCUUCCCAAUUCACGUAUCAUUUGGAUCAACUAAAUCAUUCUGUGAUAUCAAGGUAAGCCUGCUGAUAUUUGAACAUACCUCAACUACGUCUGUAGCCUAUUUUAAACACCUAAAAAUAUGUGAACAAUGAAACCAGGGCUGCAAAUAGUAUCGGACCGCGUGACUAUUGGUUCCAGAAAUGUUUUUGAAAAUAUUUCCCCUAAAAAGAGAAAAAGAUUAUUGUAAAAGUUCAGAUAAAAGGAAAAAUUCAGGGAGAUUGUAACCUACAGAAAGAAUGAUACCGGCACUGUAGGCAUGAUUAUAAUUGCAUCCAUUUUAAUAGUACAACAGUGUAAAAAGAAAGUAAAAUAUUUUUCCAUCCUUGAAUGAAACCGUAGGUUCCGACUUCUAUGGUUUUGUUUCCGAGACAUGUAUUGCCAUGCUGUAUAUAAGCGAAUGCCUUAUUGUUCUAUGUAUCUUUCUUAGAUAAAAGAUGUCAAUGUAGUAGAAGACGGAAUGCCUGUGAAGUUCUCGAGCGAGAUUUUGUUUUCUGUGGAAAAAUACGAGAUAGCCUGAGAAUAUAUAUAGUCUACGUUAAAACUCCAAGACACGCCAUAUAAGCAAUCAUUUCCGAAAUCUUUAAGAAAUUUUAGCAUGUCUUGCUGUUUAUUUUGAGAGCAAGACAUGGGGCGCUGAAAAGCAAUGGUGAAUUAAUUAAACACUGGCGGACGCUAAGUGGCGGCAGUUCCCCGCACCCACGAUAUUUUUGAAAACCUUCGAAAGAUAGCUCAUUAAGUAUCAGUCUUUAACAAUAUUUUUUCAACAAGAGAGCAUGAUUUUUUGAGAUAUUUGUGCGUCACCUUUAAGCCACAGAAACACGACAAGAAUAAGCUGGAAACCAACACUCACGAAGUUGUCCGCCAUUGGAACUUACCAUUGUUUAUAGCAGUUUUACGUGUACGCGACCACCUCGCGCGCAAAAAAGUUUAUGGUAAUAGUUGCUUUUGACGUUUAGGCGUGGUCACUAAUUCGUUAGAGAGUUAAGUUCGAGUUCCAAUACCGAUAUCGAUGUCUUCACUUUCGUUCUCAUUUUGGUACAGGGAAUUUUAAAGCGUUAAGUUAUCACGACAGAUAAAGUAUUGAACACAUUACUCGUCACCGAAAAUGUGCGGUAUACUACUAAACGGCAGUUGAGCUAAAAUUCCGAAAACAUGAUUCAGGCGAUGCUAAUAAACAAAUAGUUUCGUGUUUAUCAAAAAAACUAUGAAAUCCCCGAUUUGUACGAGUUUAUCUUACAAUUCCCACGACUUCCAAACCAAGGCCGACUUCGGUAGUGGUGACUUCCAAUACACUUGUCUUCGUGCUUCUUGCUAGCAGAGCGCAUGCGCAUGACCUGUUGUUAGUAUCGGUAUUGGUAUCUACUAUCGGAAUUCGAACUUAAUACCCCUAAUAUCAGAAACGUGAACAACUGGCCAUUACGAUGAGUCAUCGCGUAUAAUUAUAAAAUUAUUGAGUCGUGAUCGCAUUGGCGAACUUGUUCAAUUGUUGACGUUUCAAAUAUUAGGGAGCUUUAGCAGCGCGCACGAGUUUCGUGGUCGUUCUCGUUUCCGUUCAAAUGUUGCUUUAGCAGUAAAGAAACAACAAAAAAUAAAGUUUCUAACUAAAUCUCAUGCAAGCUAAAAUCCCCUACAAAAUUAGCCCCUACUACGAGGAACAAUACACGAAUUAAAGUGCAAAUAAUAAGUGAGUUUAAAAACAAGCCAGAUAUUUAGUAUUAAGUAGAAUAUUUGUCAUUUGUUUCACAAUUUUAGGCUUACACUUCGCUAAAACGUUGAUUUCAAAACUUAAUUAUUUUUCAAAUAUUCAAGGAUACAUAAUCUUCCUUGAGAGCAUAAACCGUAAAGCCAUAUCCCACAGAAGUAUGUAAAAAAUUGAAGCUAUAGGAUUUCGCGAGCGACUCGAAAACAACAAUUACCAUCAAUCGUCUUUGCGUGAGGUGGUCCGCAUAUCAUGUAAAACUGCUGUGAGUUGCUUUGAACAUCGCAAUUAACAUUGUAUAGGUACACGUUGGUAAAUUUGGGAAUGUAGAUUCACUUUAUAGUAAUUUCAUUAUUUGUGUGAGAUAUACCAAUCCAAACUUCAUUGACCAUAUAUCAAGGGGGGAUACAUCCUUCUGGAAAGUACUUAGAUUUCGAGAUUGAGAUAUCGGUUUAGAGUCUUGUUACAGGUGACACAUUUACGUAAUCAUACAGUUAUACUAAAUAAUAUAAAAGACCUUCAUAUUAUAAUUAAGUCGUCGGUAACAAGAAUAGGGAUAAAGGAAUAUAUAAGGCCGACAUCUCAAUCCCGAAAACGAGGCUCUUGAGCCAAAGCUAAAUACUUUCCGGAAGGGUGUAUUUGUCAAACAUCAAACGCGAGGCUGUAAUUUAGAAAGUGGAUGCAGACCCGAAAACGGAUUCCAAUGCGUAAAAUACUAUUGUUUUGCGACAAGUAAUUUUCCAAUAUGGUCAAAUAAUGAUACCACGUAAAUUUCAUUACGUUCCAAGCUAAUGCUCAGUACACACGUGACAACGCACAACUUGCAACAAACCUGCAGCAAACAUGUACCAACGCUGUUCUAACAAAUUGCUACAUGUCUGCAAACCAAUAAGUUGUAACAAGCUUGAUGGCAACAAGUUUGCUACAAGUUGAUAAAAUAACAAGUUUGUUAAGCUUGCUACAAUCUUGAAAUCAACAAUUAAGUUUUCAAUAAGAUGGGUUUUGUACAUGUAUAGUGGAAUGGUUUAGGCGUUUACCUUCCACGUGGAUAGUCGAUUUAUCGAAGCCCCAGUCUGAAACGAGAAUGAAAGUUGGGUAAUCGUUCCAUGUUUUUGCGCACCAAUAUAGUAAACGUUAUGUAAUGGAUAUUAUAGUCUACUGAAAAGUUAACUGGAUACCUCCAUACACAUAUAUACUAACCCUAACCCCAACCUUAAACCUAACCUAACCCCUAACCUUAAUACCUAACCUAUACCUAAGGUUUCAGGUUGUUAUUACCCUUGAUUGAAGCAACCAAUUUUAAUCGCGUGAAAAAUCAGUCGCGCCGGCACGCCAAGAAAGUUGAAUGUAGUUCAACUUUCAUGGCGUGUCCGCGAGCAGUCAGGCAGCCAAAAAAAUGCACAGGUUAGACAACUAGAGAGAAAGUUGAGCAACGUUCUCUCCGCCCGCGCGGGCAAAGCGACUGCAAUGGAAAUCGGUCUUUAAGCGUUGUGCAAUGCCGUAGUUGUUGAAACUUGUACGUGAUUUGCAUCAUUUCACGGUGCAUGACUACGAUAACAGUUAAUUCGUUCGAUGUUAUUUGAGGUGUUUUAUUUGAAUUCGCGGACUAUUUUUACUUCAAGGGCUGUUUGAGAGAAACGGGAAUACUUAUAUUAAAGAGGCAAAGUAAGUGUAGUAACGUAGACUUUGCCUCAAAUACAACAAUAUAAGCAAUUAUAUUUUUGCCGUUCUAGGUUGCCAAACUCCCUAUUACCAGGGAUGGAUCCAGCAUGAUCUGGUAGGGGGGAUGGGGGUGCUCUGCCAGCUCUGGUGCGGAGUUGUGUCGGUAAUGUGUGCCGCCCACCUAUCAACUUGCUUCACUACUGCAAAGUUUUGCUUGACUACUGUAUUUGAAUUGUAAUUGUUGUUCACAGUUCACUUAUCAUGUUAUUACUGAAAUUAUAGUUGCUUUAAGAAUGCGUAGUCAUUAAUAUUCACCUGGCUAGCCGACUUGACUACUCGGCGAUAUUGUGUUCCCCAGACCUCCCCACUCUUUCAACGAAUGUAAAUAUGUCAUUGCAAUGAAAAUGAAUUCAUUGAAGGUAACACACAACUUUUUAGCAUUUAAGUUCAUUUUCAACCAUUUAUUUAUAAUGUAGUCUUUUUUUAUAUUUCUGUUCGUUGUUCGUAAUUUCAGUUCACUGCUGAAACCUAAUUAUAGUAAUUAUAAAAUUUUAAUGCUUAUAUAUACAGUAAAUAAUAAUGUAACUUCAGUAUGAUCUUUCAUUGAGAAUUUCUGAAUAUACAUAUGACACUUCUUGAUAGCCUCCUCCGCAGGCAUCGCCUUUAAAUUGGCGGGCAUAAUUUGGUUGCGGGCCAAACAAUUGACCGACUUUCCAAAGCCAACUGUCCACGAGUAGUCCAGGUGAACCACGAGAUGCCUGCGGAGGAGGCUAAGGCAUGCUCCGAUUUACCAAUAGGCUUACCGUGCAGCCUGUAGGUCCACAUUGGACGGCUCACCUUUUGGAAAGUAAUUAGAUACAAAAUUUCACCAAACAUUAGAAAUGAGGUUCAGAUCAGUUUACAUUCAUAUUGUUACAUUUCGCUGAAGAUGUUAUGCACAUUCAGCAAGUCUGUUUCUGAGAACAAAAAUGAAAAUAUUUGCAAGCAGCAGUUUCCCUGAUCCGCCUAGUAACAUUUAUCCUAUCUGUGCCGAAAAUUGGUAAAUCCGGGCGUGGUUACACUCACCAUGCGACCAGACAUUGUCCGCCAUUAUUGGUUGGCAAACUGCUCGGCAACACUACAGAGGAUGGCAAAAAGUGAAGGAGUGAAUUAGUCAAGCAAAUUGAGUUUAGAAACAAUAGUACUGUGUUAACGUCUAGUUUUCCCGUGCAGUUUGCCAUCCAAAAUGGCGGACAAGUUCUGGUCGCAUCAGUGGAAUGAUAAAGUAUAAUCGACUUCGAGACGUCACGCCCUUGCAUCGCCUCGCCCCCAAAUUGCUAGGUUCCAGUCUUUGCUGAAAUAUAAAUAGAAGGCCCAAGGUCCAAGUUGGUCAUACAGUAUACUACAAAUAAGGAUUUUUCGCAAACGUUUCACGUACUAACAAAGAGUAUUGGCAAAAGCUUCGCGAUAUUUCUUGAUUCUCCACGCGUAUACCACGGGGUUCAAUGCAAAGUUCAAACUGGCAAACGACUGUGCGUACCCAUACCCUAUGACGAAGGACUGGGUACGAACCGUAUCCAGAACUCUUCCGCCAGACAGUUCGUGGAUUAACCACAUUUGCAGGUAUAUAACAAACGGCAAUUGAGUAAUAAUCAGCACUACGACCAAUAUGACGACAACUCUAGACAUCUUGUCAUAAGGUAGCGGGUACAAAACUCGUUGACUGUAUACUGUUCGAUUUGAAUCAACUCUUGCGAUAAAUCUUCCUUUCUCGCGCUUUCUCAAUGCCGGAUAAAUCAACAAACUGUUGAAUAUAAAGAUAACGAUGGACAAUUCGACAAAACUCAAGAUCGCCAAUCGCGUUUCCAGUUUGUAAAAAUGCAUAAGAAUCCCUCCCGCUACUGAUACAACCCACAAACUGAUGAUGCUGAUAAUUGUUCUUCGGACAGUGAGAAUAUAAGACCAGCUUAGGGAAUAUAGAACAAUUACGAGUCUGUCGAUGGACAUCAUUACCAGAGUGUAGAAUGAACAUUGCAUUGUUAUCCAGUUAAAAAUGACCAUCAAAUCUUCGCACGUAGCUGUCAAUUGUAUGUUGAAUACACGUGUCAUCACCAAAAAUAGAAUAAUUACGCCGGUCAGGAAGUCCGCGAUUCCCAGGUUGAUGAUGUAGUAGGUAACGCGCAUGUGCAGAAAUGACUUUCGUUCUUUAGCCAGAACAAGAAGGAGGAAUCCAUUCAGAAGGAUGGAUAUGAACGCGAUAGAAAGACCAAUAACAUACGGCGUAAUCUCGGUGUCUUCUCGAUGUCCCUCUGUCCCAUUACUGAUGUUCGAAGUAGCCAUGUGUCCAAACAGAUAUCACACUGCUAAAAAAAUAUGAUGAUUUUUUAAAAUUCGCUAUACACACGCAAAUGAACUUACGCUUACCAGAGCACGACACUUCAAUCCCACCCAGCAACGUUUGAAAAACUCGUUAGCCCAAAUCGGGUCUUGUAAGUAAGUACCUUCUAAGCUGGCCAUCCCUUUGUUUCUGAUAUGGAUAAAUGUCGAAUUGUUAUGUAAUUAAUAUUAUUUGAGAUCCUGAAAAUGUUUGAGA